UCGUGACGCGUGCGUGGCCGCGGCGCGGGGGGCGGGCCCGUGGCGCCGCGCCGGAGGAGGAAGUGGUGCGGUUGUUUCUCCCUCUGCGCCCGCCGCUGGCUCCCGGGGCGCGGAGUGGGGCCACAGUCGCCGCCGCUGCGUCGCGCUCUCCAGCUGUUACCCUCCAUGUGCCCGGGCUCCGUCGCUCCCCUUCCUCAGGCCGCCGCUUACCCCGGGGUCUAUGGAAGUAAUGGAAGGACCCCUCAACCUGGCUCAUCAACAGAGCAGACGAGCAGAUCGUUUAUUAGCUGCAGGGAAAUACGAAGAGGCUAUUUCUUGUCACAAAAAGGCUGCAGCGUAUCUUUCUGAAGCUAUGAAGCUGACACAGUCUGAGCAGGCUCAUUUAUCACUGGAAUUGCAAAGGGAUAGCCACAUGAAACAGCUCCUCCUCCUCCAGGAGAGAGGGAAGAGGGCAAAGCGGGAGGAAAGAUUGAAAGCCCAGCAGAGCACAGAGAAGGAUGCCGCUACCCAGCUUCAGGCAUCUCACAGACCCUCUGCUGAGGACGCAGACAGCCAGAGCCCCCUACUCUCUCAGAAUUAUAGCCCUUCCACAGAGAAACACUUGCCUGAAAUUCAGGGGGUCUUUGACAGGGAUCCAGACACACUACUAUUUUUACUUCAGCAGAAGAGCGAGCCAACAGAGCUGUGCAUUGGAAGCAAAGCCCCAAAAGAUGAUAAAACAAUUAUAGAAGAGCAGGCAACCAAAAUUGCAGAUUUGAAGAGGCAUGUGGAAUUCCUCGUGGCUGAGAAUGAAAGAUUAAAGAGAGAAAAUAAACAGCUAAAGGCUGAAAAGGCCAGACUUCUAAAAGGCCCGAUAGAAAAGGAGCUUGAUGUAGAUGCUGAUUUUGUAGAAAAGUCAGAGUUAUGGAGCUUGCCACCACAUGCAGAAACUGCUACAGCCUCUUCAACCUGGCAGAGGUUUGCAUCAAAUACUGGGAAAGCCAAGGAUAUUCCAAUACCGAAUCUUCCUCCCUUGGAUUUUCCAUCUCCAGAACUUCCCCUCAUGGAACUCUCUGAAGAUAUUCUGAAAGGACUUAUGAAUAAUUAAAAUGGAAGGCCAUAGAAGAGGUGGAAAAGAGGAAAUAAUAUGGUAAUACAGUUAAUCCAGCAAAAAAAAAAAAGGGGGGGGGAAAACCACAUGCAAGGGUGUCCUGGAGAUGCUGCAUCCAGCAUCCUGUAGAGAAGAGGCAUUGACAAGACUUGGAAACAGUCACUGUGAAGUAUGUCGCACAUCGGAUUUACUGACUUGAGCUAAUGAUUCCAGACUUGGCAGAUACUAAACUCUUGGAGGUUCACUUUCUCCUGAUACAAACCAAAUGGCUACCUGGAAUAAUUUUUUUCAAGCAACAAUUAUUUUUCUUCAGGGUUAAAAUGUAUAAAAUGUAGCCUAAUUGGAGACCUCUGCCAGAGCAAGUGGCUUGACUGUUUUAAGAAUUUGUCUAUUUUGUUCCAGUUGGAAGCCUGUCCUUCUAAGAGUCACCGCAGACCAACAGUGCCAUCUAGUGGACGAUCACCCUCCUUCCACCGCUUCACAAUAUCUCAGUCACAAGCUGCGACCCUUCAGACGCCCACUUCCAAAGCAAACCUCCAGUCUUCCUCAAGGUUGUUGGUUCCUGUGGAGGAUGAACUAGUGGAUGCCUCACAUUUUCAGCACUGCUGUGCAGUCUCAUUGGAUCUUCAUUAUGGGUCUGCAGAACAGAUGCUCUAUUUCACAGAGCAGGAAACUAUGGAUAAGCAGUUCAGCGCCUGUUCCAAGAUAAAUCAGCCAAUAAAUGGCAAGUCAACAGGAACCCAGCUCCUGUGAUAUCUUGUCUAACAGAUGCUGUACAGUCCUACAUGAACUCAGUCAUACCAGCAUACACAGGCUCCAAAUGCCGUCUCAUCUUACAUUCAUCUGAACACGCUGUGGCGGUUAAGUCCUUCUAAAGUUCUAGCGUGUAACUUUCAGCAUAUGUAACUAU